UCUGACACAGAGAGUUUCCACUCGCAAUAUGUGGUUUUGGAGACGAUAAGCCAUGGAGGCUACGCCAAAGUAAAGCUGGCCCAGCACUGCCUCACAGGCACCCUCGUGGCUGUCAAAAUGAUUCACAAGAGGGAGCACUGGUGCCAUCCUGUUGUGACUGAAGUAGAGAUAUUAAUGAUGACCAACCACCCCAACGCCAUCUCUCUUCUUCAAGUCAUAGAAACCAAGAAGAGAAUAUACCUCAUCAUGGAGUUGUGUGAGGGUAAAACACUUACUGAACACAUCCAAGAGGCUGGCCACCUGUUGGAGGAUGAAGCACAGGCAAUUUUCAAACAAAUAUUAAGUGCUGUGGGCUACUGCCAUGGCCAGGGUAUAGUUCACAGGGACUUAAAUACAAACAACAUCAUGAUAGAAAGGAAUGGCAGAGUCAAGGUCAUCGACUUCGGUUUCAGCACACAAGUGAAGCCGAAUCAAAUGCUGAACUAUAAAUGUGGGACAUAUGUAUUUAGUCCUGAGCUCCACCUUGGCAGACUCUAUGAUGGCCCCAAGGCUGACAUAUGGUCCCUAGGAGUUGUGUUAUAUUACAUGACAACUGGAAGGAUCCCACAUGAUGCUGCCAACAUAUCACAGCUGCAAAAACGGGGGAAGUAUCCUGUCCCCUCUAGCCUGUCAAUAGAGUUCCAGAACCUACUUAGUCGAUUAAUGACAGUCAACCCCCAAAAUACGAGCAUCGCUGAAGUGAUGAGGCAUCCCUGGCUCAAGGAGGACUCAGAGGAGUUGCCAGCUCCUCGUGAAGAACUGAUCCCCCUCAGGCCAGACCCCACCAUAAUAAAAGCAAUGAGGCAUCUUGGUUUCCAGGCCCAAGACAUUAAAGAUUCGUUAUGUCAGAGGAAAUACGAUGAAACCAUGGCAUCUUACUGUUUGCUGAAGAGGCAGGCUCUUCAGGAGUGUGACAUCCCAAACCGGGCUCAGCCCUUGAAUCCAUUGAUGACUCCAUUCCCUUCCCUUGUUGAUCUUACUACUUUCCCUCUGGGACUAUGGAGGAGAAAGUGA